CGGCGGCGGCAAGGGCACGGGGCGGGGAGAGGGCUGGGCUGGGCUGCCCCUGCCGCCGCGGCGACCUUCCUCCUCCUCCUCCUCCUCUCCUCCUCCUCCUCCAUGCAGCGGGCCGAUCCGGCAUGGCUGAAGCUCAGCAGGUCCGCGUGCAGGAGGCCAUCGACGGCAUGGUGCGGGGGCUCGAGAGGGAGGCCAUCCGCAAGAUGCAGGGAAUCAUGUUCCGGUGCAGCGCUACCUGCUGCGAGAAUGACAAGGCCUCCAUGCAGCAGGUGCACCAGUGCAUCGAGCGCUGCCAUGCUCCCCUGGCACAGGCACAGGCUGUUGUCACCCAGGAGCUGGAGAGAUUUCAGGACCGUCUCUCCCGCUGCACGAUGUACUGUAAUGACAAAGCCAAGGACUCCCUCGAUUCGGGGAAUAAAGAGCAGCAGAUCAAACUGCAGCUGGAAAACUGUGUGACAAAGUGCGUGGACGACCACAUCCACCUCAUCCCCAGCAUGACCAAGAAGAUGAAGGAGACUUUGACCAGCAUUGCUCAGUAGACUUCCUGGCUUUGUGGAGGAAGAGGAAAGGCUGACCAAUUAAAAUUAAGAUGGGUGUGAUGACCUUUUUGGAAACACAGGAAACAAAGGUUGGGUAUAUCCAGGGUGACGUUUUGUGGCAUCACCACAAAAUUGUGACAGCCUCCUGAAGUGCUCCUGACAUUGAUUAAGAGUUUGGGGUUGGUUUAGGAGCAAGGCUGCAGAUUAUCAGAAUGAGAAAUGAGUAAAAGAAACAAAUGGCAGGCCCCUUGGCAUCAGCGAUGGUGUACACAGAUCCAUGUCAAACCCUUUGUCAUGGCUCUUCUGUCCCUUAGCAGGGGAAUCCAAAAGGAGCUACAUUGGCAGCUCUGAAGAUGUGUCACCUGGCGUCUCAACAAGGCAGAGCCAUUCGCUGUGCAUCCUUUCCUGAAGUUGCCUUACAAAUAUAGAAGCAUAUAAGCUCUGUUUCUGUGGUUUGGAGAUGGUUUGCUGUGAGUUCUUGUCCUUCACCAUUUGUGAUGUCACAAUUUUUGUAGGAGAAAUAGCGUGCUAAAACCAAAUUGCACACAAAUGUGGAUUUCCCAACACUAAGGGGCACCUUAUACCUUCAGCAAAAUCAAGUAGCAAUGUUUUUUCUAGAUGUUACUACUUCAGGCUGCAGGUCUGGGUUUGCUCAAAUGCUUUCCUGGUGGGUGGCUGGGGGAGAGCAUAUGAAAUCUCUGCAUAUGGAAAGGUUGGGAGAGGUCUAGGCUGAUUUUCUCUCAGAAAUGCUAGUUUUCAACAUGUAAGGAAGGUUCUACCCACCCAGUGGGGAAGCAUUCAUAUAUGACCCUUCUGUCACCACCAGGAUACAGCUAGGAAAGCUUUUCCACUUGGAUUUUGCUGAUUAAACCAGAAUGUGGCUUUCAAAGGAUUUUAAACACUUUGGUUGGUUGGACCUUGGAAUGCAACAUCAACAUUGGCUGUUUCCCCCCACCCCCCCCGGAGACCCCUUGUAACACUGAAAGCCAUCCUCGAACAAAGUUAUCGUGAAACUAAAUACUUCUAAAAUUUAACUACUUGUAAAUUCAAAUCUUGUAUUGUUUUUUCAAUUACAUUUGAAUUCUGUGCAUUUACAUUGGAAACAUUUCCCAAGUUCAUUUCAGCAGAGAUAAAUUCUUCAUCGGCCAUGAAAGACCCACAGUCCUUCAGCACUGGCUCACUUUCCCUGUCCUUUCCAGCAUAAACACCUUCCCCAGUGGGGAGGGACAGUUUUCCAAUGGAACAUACCAUAGGAUCCCAACUGAGGCAAAAUAAUUGUCCCAUCCUUUUUCAUUGCUGGCUAUGUGGGUUAAAUAAGUGGCCCAUAUACAGGAGAAGUAGGGUAUGUAUUGUACUAAGGCAGGGGUAGCCAACAUGGUGCCAGUCAGAUGUUUUGGACUACAACUCCCAUCAGCCCCAACCCAUAUCAGUGAUUAUGGGAAUUGUAGGUCUGGAAGGCACCAUGUUGGCUAUCCCAUUAGUAAAGGAUGAAAAUGAGAGAGAGUUAUGAAAAGGCAUCUAGUGGACAAAGUUGUCCUUGGAAGAAAUUCUCAUGGCUCCUUUUGGUGUCUUACAAAGUUUAGAAUAACUGCUUCCAUUGGAUUCAGAUGUAAGACUUUGAAUGUAUACUAUGAUAAAGAAGAGGAAAAGUCAGGGUGAAAGAGCUUUUUAUGUCUUCCCUAAGGGACAGAGGAACUGUAGUUUUGUAUGCAUUGGAAGUGGCUGGAUGGCUGUACUUUGGGAUGGAGAAGCUUUGUUUAUGGCACAGCUAGCCUUUGAAGACUCAAGAAAUAAAGUGCCACCUUCAGGCCUAUGGAUGAUGAUUCUACCACAAAAUAUAGGUGGCACAGCUGGGAUGGUAUUUCAGAUGUGAAAUGUAGUACUACUUGCCCCACCCCGUUGCCUCAACGUGAAACGAAGAAUUCCUUCCUGCCCUUGCAUAAAAAACCACAUUUUUUGUUUAAUGCAAUUAUCUGUGUAAUCAGAUUUCAUGUGAAUUGAUCAAUAAUAUUACUGCUGCAUUAAAAUGGGUUCUCUACAAUUAGAUCUGGAAUUCUGUAACAAUUUUAAUUAGUGUAGAGCAAGGUACAACUACAUUCUAAUCAAAUAGUCAUGUCAGUCUCAUCAGAUGUAGGAGGCACAGUUUUGAAUGUUUGGAUUUUCCUUAGACAUUGAGUAAGAUGAAGGAUAUAUGCCCGACAAUCAGAGAAACACUGACUAGAAAAUACCAAUUUGUUUCGAAUAUGGGUGUGUUUAUUCCAAUGAGAAUGACCUUUUGGGGCUGCAAGGAUAUGACUAAAAAUUAAUGAAGCCCCUAUCCUCUAUUUCCCCCUUCCUCUCUUUAAACUGUGAAUUAUUUUCUAAAGGUUGAAUUAAACAUCAUUUUACAAAA